CCUAAAAACACACACAAAUGUAAAAUCUCAUCAAAGUUCAUUUUCUCUAUCCCUAAAAUCCUCCUUGAUAUUUUUCUUUAUAUUCCAUUGAUCAUAUACAUAUAUACAUAUAUAUUAAAGAGUGGAUUCCCUGAUGUUACAUUUUUAAUGGGAUGAAAUUGAUUGUUUCUAGCAACAACAUGAACGCGAAAUACGUUCAAAUUAUGUUGCUAGAUCAUAUCAAUACGAAAAAAAUGAAACUUUCAUUUUUUUAAUUGAUUGUAUAUUAUUACAUUCAUAUAUAUAUAUAUUGUGUAUAUAUGUAUAUAUAUCUUUCUAAAUUAUAGAAAGAUUUUUUUUUUUAUAAAAAAAAAAACAUGGGAAGAAGUAAAUUGCCAUUGUUGAAGAUUGAGAGUUUGACCAAUAGACAAGUCACUUUUAGCAAGAGAAGAAAUGGAAUUCUCAAAAAAGUUUAUGAAUUAUCUGUUUUAUGUGAUGUAGAUGUUGGUAUUAUAAUGUUCUCUCCUUCUGGUCGUCUCACACAUUAUUCGCGUAAAAAAAGAAUUGAAGAUAUUCUUUCUGAGCUCAUUAGUCUCCCAGAUAGUGAAAGAGGAUUCUACAUCAACAAUAAAGAGUCUGUACUUUGGAACUUAAGGAAGAUUGAAAUUGAAGAUAAAUUUUGCGAUAUUGAAAGGAUUAAUCCUGCAUACGUCAACGCAAAUGACACAACAAAGAAAAUUCAAGAUGAAAUCAAUGGCUUGCAUUGUAAACUCGAUGAGGCUGAGGGAUUAUUAAGAAUAUUUGAACCAGAUACACAAAGAAUUACAUCACUCCAUGAGCUUGAUUUAUGUGAAAAACGUCUUCAAGUUGCAUUAAAUCAAGUUAGACAAAGAAUGGAACAACUCUCUAGCAAUGAUACAUCAAGUUAUGAAGAUAAUAUGGCGCAAAUAAAUGAACUUCUUCAACACAUAGACAACACACAAGUUCAUGAGAAACCUCCUUAUGACUUAUGGUUAGAGCUUGAAGAUUAUAAUCAUGAGAACAACAAUAUUAAUAGUCCUCUCUAUACUGCCUCAGAAACAUCUUCAAUUUCUCAAAGUUCUAUGAACCUUCCAUCCUCAACUACUUAUGAUACAAUGUCCCAAACAAGUCUAAGUGGUGAGACUUAUCAAAAUAAUAACAACUUUAAGCAAUUACAACAUUCAACAAGGACCUUACCAAAUCUCACUUUACAAACUUCAUUCAAAUUUGCCAAGCCUGAAAUGUCCCAAACAAGUAUUGAAGGAAGUUUUAGUUGCCUAACUGAUGAAAAUUUGAAGAAAUCAAUAUGUUCAAAUAGGGUCUUCCCAGCUAUCACUCCAUUACAAACUUCAUUCUCUUUUGCCAAGGCUGAAAUGGAAACUCCAACCUCAGCAUUAAGACCAUUGGCACCAUAUCUACAGGCUGAAGCAACAACAUCUUCUUGUACUAAUCAAGAAGGGAACAAUGAAAUGUCUUGGUUUCAGCCCAAAAUGAAAAAAUCCAAGCAAUGUCAUUCAAUUGACUAAAUAUUUAAUAUAUGUAAAAUGUACAUACAUAUACACAUACAUAUGGAGUUACGAUAACAAUACACGUAUUCAGUGUAAUCCCGUAAAGUGGACCUAAGAGGGUAGAGUGUACAAAGACAUUAUCCCUACCUUUGAGGUAGAGUGGUUGUUUCUGAUAGACCCUCGACUCAAGAAUAUACAUGCAUAUGGAGUUGUGCCAACAACCAAAAAAAUACAUAUAUAUGGAGUUGGAAAUUUCAAAAUAUAUGAAUGUUCAAUACUAAAUUCAUGUUUUGUUGUUACAAGAGAUUGGUAAAUGCAAUUGUUGUAAUAGUGUCUUAACAUUAAUGUAACUAGCUAGUAUAAGUUGCAUCGAA